AUGGUAGAGUCACAGGAGCAAAAUGCUUCGAGACUCUCAUUGCUGCAGCGUCACCGUGAGGCGCGGGAGCGGCUGGCCGAAGUCAGCAAGCUCCAGGGCCAAGGCCAAGCUGGAAGCGAAGUCGACGGCUCACACGGAGUCCCUUUGGCCGCCCCUGCGCCUACAACGGAUGCCCCGAAGUCGGCGUCUGCCGCAGCCUGCUUCUCCCACUCGCAGUCGCAGGAGGUGCUGGCGGCAUCGAUUGCCGCUGCAAGCUCUCAUUUCCAUUCAUCGCCCCUGCAGACACCCCUCGCGCCCUCGAACUCUGGAGCAAGCAAAGCGAGCAACCUCCCAAGGAAAAGGCCACUUUCAGCCUUUCCGAGCCGUGCAACGGCAUCUCCAGUCUGCCAGCGUCCCGCAUCUGCCAUCGGUGUGCGGGAGCGCUUCACCCAGGUGGCCCAGGAUGGCGAUGCCCCGUUGUGGCGGCCUGAAGGCAAAGGGCACGAAACAGAGAAGGCGGGCCAAAGCAGUGACGCCGCCAAGCUGAUGGAACAUCUGCCCAGCCAGGGGCCGGAUCUGGUGCUUUCGGCAAUUCAAGGUCGUUUCGGUCCGCCACCACCGCUGCCUCCAUUGCCUCCCGAGCUUGCUCGGAAGGAGCCGUCUCCAGAGUCACAGACAGCUGCAUCCAGCCAGGAAGAGGAUGAUUUCACUGCCGAGGAGCGGCGGCUCGAGCAGGAAUCCGAAGAGGCGUUGAACCAGUUGGAGGCUCUCGAUGCUGCAGUCGACGCCUUGCGCUUCAAGUUGGAGGUCUCUAGAGAUGACCUCGAGUCGUCCGGGGAAGAGUUGCAGCAGCUGCGCUGUGCCGCCGAAAGUUGGGCCAAGGCAGCUGAAGAGAGCCGCCGAGAGCUGCGUGAUCGGGAGCAGCGACUGGAGGAGCUCUUGGCAGUGCUGCCAGGAGUGGAAGAGGCCUUUGGUCCCAGCGAGGAGAAGGAGCCGCACAAGUCUACACUGGCGGACGAGAGGGUGUGUGUCCUUGGAAAGCAGACGGACCGGUUGCAGGAGCAGGUUCUUUGCCAGCAGCGCUUGCUCGCCGAGCGCCUCGAGGAGCGGCGGGCUCUCGAGGCGCAGCUGGAGGGCCUCGUGCGGGACCGCGACGAGCAGAAGUCGGUGCAGCAGAAGGCGAGAGGAGCCCUCCGCUCUACCGAGGCGCAGCUCAAAGUGAAAGAAGAGGAGCUAGCAACAGCUUCACGACGGUGUCAAGACCUGCAGCGUCAUAGUGUGCGCAUGCGUGGGGAGGUUCGAGGUUUGAAAGCUCGCUUGGCCGCUUGUGAGCCUGCUGCGGACACACACAACAAGGCACCCGCGCCCGAGCCAGGCGACGAGUCCAGGGGCAGCGAGCAGAGACGCCGAAUCAGCUUGCGACUGCAGCAUGAGGUUGUGGAGCUGUGGAAAGCGUUGCAGAAGUGCAAAGAGGAGGCCUGUGAGUGUAUAGCUCCGCUUGCCCUUCGCUGA